AUGCCGUCUGUAACACACGCAAUAUCCAACUUCGUCACCGCCGUCGCGGGGGUCUUCGCGUCGCUAGUCAACUCAAUUUUCGCCAUCUUCCAUGCAAUCUUCGCGCUCGGAGUGGGUGUCGUAAAUAGCGCUCUGACUGUGAUGAAACACCUCAUAACGAUAGUUAUGGAGCUCUUCCGGAGCGUCCUUGGCUUCGUUUUAGCCAAUUUUGUUGCAAUCGCUUUCGUCGGAGGGGCGUACUCUGUGUACACGGCGUACCAGGGGCGAAAUAGGGGCGCACGAAAGAGGAAGCGCAGGGCAUAA